AGGAGGAAGAGGAGGAGGAGGAGGAAUAAUGAAGCUGACCCGGCACUUUGUUCUGAGAUUAUUUGGAUUCCUGUUGACAUCCUUGGCUGCUUGGUAUUUGGGAUACUUUCUUGCUGUUCAUGUACCCCAAAAUACAGUAUCUAUUGCUGGACUUCAAGAGAUUGGAAAGAAACCAGUGUUGAGGGCCCCAGCCCCCAGAAGGCAGAAGUGUGGCCUCUGGGCUCCCUGCCCACCUGGGAACUUUGUCUAUCGCAUCCUCAGUGGUGGUGGCAAACAGAGGAGGCCUAAAAUUUGUUUUGAGGAUGAGGAGUUUAUAAAUGAAGAGAAUUAUGAAGUUAGAAGUGGUAUAAACAUUGCCAUUGUGAAUUAUAAAACAGGAGAACUCAUUUCGACAAAAUUUUUUGAAAUGUGGGCAAGAGACCACUCAGGGGAGAUGAUGGAUUUCAUCAGGAAAGCACCAGAAGGGACCCUCCUUCUGAUGGCCACUCAUGAUGAUGGCAGCACCAGGUUGAAAGAUGGUGCCAAAAAAUUAGUAGAAGAACUGGGAAGUAAAGAAAUAAAGAAUAUAAAGUUCAGAUCAAGUUGGGUUUUUAUAGCUGCCAAAGGCUUCACUCUGCCACAUGAUAUCCAAAAAGAAAAGAUAAACCACUCUGACCAGACAAAGAACAGAUACAAAGGCUGGCCAGCUGAAAUCCAAAUAGAGGGCUGUAUCCCAAGAGACCUGAUCUGA